AUGUUUGAAAAUAUUUCUUUUCCGUCAGUUGAAGAGGUUCAGAAGGAAUGGAAGCGAGUCGACGUUAUUAAUUUCUUAAAGAAAAAUAAAGUAGAGUUAGAACUUGAUGAUGAUGAUAUUGAAAUAAUCGUAAAGAAAAAGAUCCCUAAACAUUACUUUCUCGAUUUAAGUCAAGAAAAACUUGAAGAACAUGGAAUGCAACCGGGACCGGCAUACACAAUAGCAAAGUUGGUCAAAAAACUCAAGGGCGAGGACCAGGAACUUAAGGGAAAAAGAAGGGCAGAGGAAGAACCACCGAAAAAAAGAAAAUGGAUGGUAAAUAGUGCUAUUACGCGAGAAGAGCGUCCUAUUGUCUAUUUCGUGGACCCGACAGAGCAGAAUGCACCACUUCUUGAAUCGGUACAUCGAGGUGAAUACAUAGCAUUACAUGGACCACGAGCCUCUGGAAAGUCUACACGAGUGCUCCAACUUCAGGACCAGUUAAAUAACAAAGGCUUUGUUUGCAUAUAUUUAUCUCUUGAGCAAAUUAGCAUGAAUAGCGUAGACAAAUUUUGGCAAACAUUGGGCAUUCAUCUCAAAAUUAGCGUUCCUAAACAAAUCGUAUUCGAUAACAUUAAUUCUGCCAGUGAUUUCGAUAUGGCAUUUAAAAAAGAUAGGUGGAAAAAUCCCGUUGUUCUCCUUAUUGAUGAGUUUGAUAUGUUAUACUCCGCAACAGAUGACGUUCGCUCAUCAUGCCUAAGUACUCUCCGUGGUAUUAAAACGACAAAGGAUUGUUAUGCUAUCAAGUCUGUCUUUGCUAUCGGACCUUUCAGUAUACUACAUUUAAAUUCGAAUAAAUUGACCACAUCACCAUUCAACGUUAAUGAACCAUUCCAGAAUCCAAACUUUACUUUGGAGCAAGUGCAGUUUUUAUACAAAGAAUUUGCGGAUGAAUUCAAGUUAACUAUUGACCAGGAAGUAAUUGAGGAUAUAUAUAUGCAAACAAACGG